CCACAACCAACAACAAAAAAAACACACGAAGAAGAGCAAAGUUUGAACGUGUGUGCCGCUGGAUAGUUUCUUCUCGCUCUCUUCUUCCUUUAGCCUUAAACGGGAGAUGCAGGCUGCAGCGGCCCCGCGGCUCCGUCCUCUUUUCGGCGGAGCUCUGUCAGCGGUCCUCCCUUCCAACAUCACGGACAUCAGCGAGCUGAGGGAAAUCCCGGACAACCAGGAGGUGUUUGCCCAUCCUCACACCGACCAGAGCCUGAUCGUGGAGCUGCUGGAGUAUCAGGGUCAGGUGGCCGACCAGGACGCAGCUAGGUUCCACUUUGAGGACAUAGCGGGCAGCAAUAAAGCUCAGGGGCCAGGGGCCUUUGUAGUGGGGAACGCUGAGGCCAUAGCGAAAGGCAGCGUGUCUCUGUUGGAGUGCAGCAGCGCCUGGAUGCUGAGAGGGACCCAAAGUGUGUCCAAGUUCAACGAAGAGGCGAGGAACACGGUCAGCAUUCACCUGGGCCUCUUCCGGCUGCCGCAGUUCUCCACAGACAUCCUGAUGACGUUUAACGACCCGCUGAGCAUCAGCCCGGACAGCAGCAGCAGCAUGACGUCAGACAGCAGCAGCAGAGGCGGUGCAGAGGAGGCCCGCAGGGAGCCCUGGACCGAGGAGGACUUCCAGCGCGCUCUGCUGACUCUCACUUUACACAAUCCUGGGCUGUUUGGCUAAAACAUUCACUUAAUGCAACAGAUUAUUCAUUAUGUGGUCAGAUGGAUUAUU